GCUUCAGCCAACAGUGCGCGUGUGUGCAGCACAAACACGGCAGCAUUUGCAUCAAACGAAACGAGAGUGCACGCGUCGUUGCAUCGUGUUAAAUGGGCGCGUAAUUACGCACGGCUGAACUCUCGUCGGGGAUUCCACCCAUUUUGCGCUUCUUGUGUCGGUUUUGGGGCGUGGCUUUUCUGAGUAAUUGAGGGACUUAUUUUCAUUAGCUGUUUCUUUUAUCUUUUCUUUUUCUCGUCCACUUCAUAGACGAUGUCAGGGGGAAGUUGUGUGACGCGCUGCCUGCGUUUCAGAAGUACACAUGCUGCUUAAGCGGAUCGGUCGCAGAGAGCGAAGGACGCGCGUCGCCCGGUGCGCAGGUCGGAUCCGCGCGUUACACGCCGCUGGCGCAGCUUUCGCCAACUCGGCGGUGCAAGAGAGCUGCUUUAAAGUGAAUUCCUUUCCUUUCAACAGAUGGCUGGUUCGGCGGCUCACACUUGUGGGAUAUUCCUGGAUUACAGCAGAAAGACUUCUUUGCUCCUCUGUGACUAGAGGCAGCGCGCGCGUGUGACUUGUCUUCUGUAAUGCUCUGCCUGCAGCUUUUAGUCCUCCGACACACAUUGCUGAGAUGGAUAAGUUAUACAUCGUGAUUGAGGUAUUAAUUGCUAUUCUUUCUAUAUCCGGCAACAUACUGGUUUGCUGGGCCGUCGCCAUCAACACCACUUUGAAGAACGCCACCAACUAUUUCCUCGUGUCUCUGGCCGUGGCUGAUAUUCUGGUCGGUUGCCUCGCCAUCCCCUUUGCCAUAACCAUCAGCAUCGGCAUACACCUGGACUUCUACGGAUGCCUCUUCCUGGCCUGCUUUGUCCUGGUGCUGACCCAAAGCUCCAUCUUCAGCCUUCUCGCUAUUGCAAUUGAUCGAUAUUUGGCUGUGAAGAUUCCUCUGAGAUACAAGGAGUUGAUGACGGGAAAGACCGCCAGAGAGAUCAUCGCUAUCUUAUGGAUCCUUUCCUUUGUCAUUGGCCUCAUCCCCUUCUUUGGCUGGAACUUAAAGUCCACGGGCUGCGGGAACAGCAUCUCUGACAACGCCACCAACGGCGGCCCCGUGGACGGGCCGAGGGGCGGAGGAGACUUGCUACAGAGCUGCAAGCUCCAGUGCUUCUUUGAGAGUGUGGUGGACAUGCGCUACAUGGUCUACUUUAAUUUCUUUGUGUGCGUGCUGCUGCCGCUCCUCAUCAUGCUGGGCAUUUACAUGAAGAUCUUCACUGUGGCCAGAAAGCAGCUGAGGCAGAUCGAGCUCAAGUGCGUGGGCAACGGGGACAGCCCGCACCACGGGCUGCUGCAGAAGGAGAUCCGGGCCGCCAAAUCGCUCUCCAUCAUCGUGGGACUGUUCGCCGUCUGCUGGCUGCCCGUGCACAUCCUCAACUGCCUCACGCUGUUUUACAAGGAGCUGCCGAAGGACAACGUCGUCAUGUACGUGGCCAUCAUUCUGUCUCACGCCAACUCCGCGGUCAACCCCAUCAUCUACGCUUACCGCAUCCAGGACUUCAGGAACACCUUCCGAAAGAUCCUGGCCCAGCACUUCCUCUGCCGCAGGGAGGAGCUGUACCUCAGCUCUAACGGCAGCAGACACAACAGAGACCAGAUCCACAUGACCAUCGACCCUCUGCUAUAAAGACGGGUGGGGGGGGGGUCCAUCUUUGUCGACUCAGUGUUUCAGCCUUGACUUUCAUUUCCACUGAGGUUUAUAUGUUUACAGAACAAGGGUAAUGUGUGAAGAACCGAUGUCAGGCGCGCCUUGAAUGUGGACAUUUAUUUAUGAAUCGGGUCAGGCAGUGCAAUGUUGAAUGGCGAGUCUUACAUAACCCUUUGUCUUGUGAAGGAUUUGUUUUUCGUUUUUUUAAUCACAUUGAAGCUAGCUGGAUUUGCUGGACUGUGAACAGAAUCCAAACAUUUUAAAUCCACUCUGACUAAACUCUUUACACUCAUUUUCACCUGCUAUUUUAUAUUGUCAGUGUUUAUUAAUUUAUCUAAAGAUCAAAAACCUUGUGUGGCUUGGACUGUGCUUGUGGACCUUGAGAGGCACCCAGUAGUUCUUUUAGCCUCACUUACGUGAAUUCCUACUCGUGAUCAUCACCAGAUUCAUCUAAAAACAUAUUUUUUGUACCAAUACUUUCUUUGAUCGCAGAGAUGCUAUUGAGCUGUUGCUUCAACUAAGUGCCCGUAUUGUCCUGCUGCUAGUAAACGCUCCACAACGAAACAAAUGUUACGCCCGAGGGAGAAGGUCGUCCAGAGAGGAUCGACGAUCACAGGGACUCUCAUACAUAAAACAAGCAUGAUCUGAUUCAGUCGUGUAGACCCAGACAGAAGUGGUUAAACAUACCUGCGGCAGUGCUCCAUAUAUAAUGUAUAUGUUGACAUUUCUUCAGACAAGCUCAGGAAGUGAGAAAAUGAUUGUACCCUUUCUAAAAAUGUGGCAUCUGCAGAGACGUUUUGCUCUGAGCCAUAAAAUGUCCAAUUUGACACUUUAAAUCAAUGCAAUUCAUGUUUUUCCUCAUCGCCCAUGCUUCUGGCACUGAUGUACCUUGUGGCUUACACCGCUUAAAGCACUAUUUACAAUGAAACCCCCCCCCUCACACAGCUGGGAACCUGAAGCUCUCAUCUGCCCUGUUGGCAGUGAGUCCUCCAACAAACCGUUAAAAGGCACCGACUCAGAUGAGCGGUUUAAACGGUGAAACCUCUAAAAUAUGUUGCACUGAGGACUCAAUCCACUUUAAUCGUUACACUUAUUCGUUGUUUGAGGCAACACAAAACUUAAAGCACCUGUGCGCUGUCUUUGUAUUUGUGUUAUUUAUUUUUGUGUGGUGGCAGGGGUUAGCAUUAUCGUGAACGGUCCAGUUGUGCUUAUGGAACGUAAGAAAUCUGGAUAUGGUGAUUAAUAUAACAAACGAGCAGAGUUCUGUUUAGAGAAUAACCAGUAAAAAAAAAAAACGAGGGUUACCCCGGAACCAUCACUACGCAAAUGAAAACACAUGCACUGACAUUUGAGACUAGUUCCUGUUUAGUGUGCGUUACUGGUGGUGUUGAACCAUGUCGUGUUGGUGUUCUAAGACGUAGUGAGCCUCCACUAUUCACCAUCGCCCUGCAUUUGUCGUUGUGUAACACCUCCAAGGGCUAAAUACAGGAAUGUGCCAAAGUUUUAGUACAUUCCAGAGACAUCUAUACUAUAACUGCACUGUACUGUUGUGUUGUCGUUGUGUGAGAAAUGUACCGUAGGUAUCCAACUUUCUACAAGCUAUUGAUUAAUGUCAAACUAUUGCCUUUUGUGAUUCUUCAAGGUAAGAUGGACAAAAACAUGUUGAUCUGGUUCAACAUUCCUGCCUUUCAUUCCGAAGUACCUGUCAGUGUGCCAGUGUUGUUAUUCUAAUCAGGAGAAACAUCCACCGCGGUCAAGCUCAACCUUUCAAGAGGCCAUCCUAUAUUUCAUUCAACAAAACUCCAACUGCGAGCGGAUACUGAUAUUUAACAUGAUACAACCUGUGUGUAUGGUGAAUCAUUUUGUUGAUAAAGGCAAUGUUUAUAUUGUUA